AUGUAUGAUGAUACAGUUAUGGACGAAGUAAUGAUCACAAAAAAAUUGAUACCACUUCGGGGAACAUUGCGAUUCAUAUCAAAUGCUGCAAAUGAUCCGAUAACACUAUAUGCUCACGAUAAUGCAAUCAAUGGAAUACAAGCACAUUUAGCUAAACCUGCAAUAAACAUGCAAAAACAACAAAACAGAUGGAGCGGUAGAAUGGUACAAUUUCAUAAGGAGGAUAAUCGAGUUGAAUGUAUUAACACAGCAUUAGCUUGCACUCAUUCACUUUACAUCCGUGAACUUGUCAACAAAACCGGCAUACAAUCACUCAUUCUGAACUGUAGCGGUUGGUUGCAUGCAUUUCCUUCGUCAUUCAUUUAUUUACAAUGUACAUCUAAGAGAACUUUACCAUUUCAUUGGCAUACAAUCAAGGCAACAAUUGAAUUUAUGCGUACCGGAUCACUUCAACUUGAUUGUGUGGCAAUUUCAGAUAUGCUUCGGGUUGUAAAAUAUGUUUGUGCAAUGUUCUUUCGUAUUGCACAAUUAAGCCGUUUGAUAGAGUCAUUCGUACGCCAACGAUCGAAAAGACCAGAAACUGUAUUGGAAGCAUACAAAGCUAUUUUCCAUGAUGAGCAAAUAAUGCACUCCGUAACUUAUGAAACACAAACAAUUGUUUCUGAAAAUAUGGCACAUUAUCUUUCGCCACAUAUCGAACAGGCAAUCAGAAAGGAACGAAGCACGUUAGCAUUAAUGACGAGCAAUGAGUUGUACUACUUGCUUGCACGUGAUGCUCAACGUGUACAUUAUAAUUCUCGAGAUUAUGAACGUGCUGCUUGUCAGCGUUUCCAAGUAAUAAUGCGUUGGAUACAAUUUCAAGAACAAACUUUUCAAAGUUAUAAUGACCAUAUGCCUGGUCUUCAAUCUACUUUUUUCGCCAGAACUGUUCGUCUCCUCAGCUGUGUACAUUUCGAAUAUAUGCGACCUAAGACUCGCCGACAUUGCAUCAAUUAUUUACGUAGCGUGAGUCCUAAGUCAACGUCUACGUUCUCUUUGAAUGCACUGCCACGUAGAGCCUGA